GUUCUACAUAUUUAAGUACGCAUGUGUCACAACACUUGCAACGGCGCAUACAUAUGUUAACGUGGUUCUUUAUCAACAAAAAGCGCAAAACAAUUACUUUCGUAACCUCGAAUCCGAGACACAGUAUCAGUUACAGUGAUUAUUACUGUCAUGUGUAUCUUGUAUCCUAUUCUAUUAAAACGAGAAUAAUCAAGCGAUGACAAAGAUCGCCAUUCUUUCUAAAAUGUAAUCUAUGUCUCAUCACUUACGAAAGAAAAUAAAAUGUUGAUAGAAAUUCAGAUGUAUUUAAGUAUAAAGGGAUUAAGUUAAUGAUCUGUGAUUAUUAAUGUGUAUCUGUGAAACGAGUUACGUUCGUUAAGGAAUUUUAUGAUCCAAUUCGAACGAGAAUAAAACAUGCCGAGAUUGCAGUAUAAAACAUCAAUAUGUCAAUACAAGUAAUAUAGGAAUGUUUUAGAUACAUAAGAUUUAUAUUAUAUUGGCACAAAAUGUAAUAUUAAAAGUACUAUUCUUAUAUUAUGUUUACAAUGGAGGAAGUUAUACCAAUGAGCUGGUUGAACCAGAUAUUGUUGAUUUUAAGUAUAUUAUUUACAUUGUUAUUUGUAAUUAUACAAGAAUGGGCUGGUCUGACACCAUUAUAUAUUUCUAUUUCAUGGGCUAUUUUUAUUAUAAUAUUAUCAGUGUGGCUCAGUUGUUUUUUAUUUCAAGUUGCAUUAAAAGCUAAUAGACCACUUAAUAUAAGGUUUGUUAAUAACUGGUUAUAUAACAAAUUUGUAAAUAAUUUGAAAAUAAAAAUUGAUUCCAAAGAAAAAAGUGAAUGUAUUAGUAAAUAUGAGAAUGAAGUAAGAACAAAUAAAAACACAAAUUCAACACAAGUAUCUAAAGAAAAGCGAAAGGAAAAAGUAGUAAUUAGAUCUAGUGGAAAAGAUACUUCUUUAAGAAGAAAGAGAGCAGUAGAAAUAUAUAAUUUAGUAACAGAAAUAAAUUUAAAAUGCAUAAAGGUUUGGUAUAAAUCUAUCAGUGAUGAUAAAUCAUUCCCUAAUGAAGCACAAGAAUUGCUAAAAAAAUUACUGACCAAACUGUUUCAUAAGAUCAGUUUAAUAGACAAAAUAAAGCUUACUCAUAAGCUGUUUAAUGUGUUCUUAUUACAUCUAAAAGAAUAUCACAGAGCAUUACGACGGGUUGAGAAAGGAACUGCACCAAAUAUGGAGGAAGCAUUUAGAUAUUUACAUCCUGGUUCUCGUAAUAUGCCAGCGUUAGAACAUAUGCUUCAUCGAAUGGUUACUAUUCUAGCACAAGAAUUUUUACAAUGGGAGUUAACAAGUUCAUUACCAUGUAAACUGUUACUAUCUAUCUUAGCAAAAAGAUUAUUAAUAGUUGUUGAAACAGUAAGUUCUCCAAAUUGGUUAUUUCAAAAUUUAUCUGACUUUUUACUGCAACAAACACCAAAAAAUGUUGCCAAAGUUCAAAGUAAACAGGAAGAAAAUAUUCCACAUGUCCAAAAAGUUAUAUCCAAUGCUCUAGGAGAUGGUAUAACAUCUGCAACAGCAGCUGUGAUUCCACGAUCACUACCAAAACCAAAAUCUGAAUCAUCUACUAAACCUUUAAUUAAGCAUGAGAAUACCUCAGUAUCUAUAAAUGAUAAGAGACCUACUUUACAUUUACAUAACUUAGGUACAGAACAUAGAGGUCUAUGGGGUCAAAGUAUAGUAGAGAUAGAUGCUGAAAUAGAAGGGGAUAAAAUAUCUCCUGUAUAUGAGGAACCUACAGAUUUUGCUACAACAAUUGCUAGACUUAGAAAUGUAUUACAGCAGAAGUCAACUGUGAAUACACCAUUACACGUGGAAGAAAAAUCUUAUGUAGUAUAUGAAGGUAGUCAAUUUACAAAUUUGUCAAUUCCUUGGACAGAAUUUCAUACAGCUCUUGAUGGAUCACAACAAUUACUUUAUUGUAUUCAAUUUGAUGAUAUAGAACAACGGGGGGUUGAUCUAUUUGAAACUACAACUGCUACUGUUAGAAGACAAUACCGCGAUUUUGCUCAGUUACAUACUAGUCUACAAGAGAUUCCAGAACUAACACCUAUUAUGUCAAACUUGGUAUUACCAAAAGGCGGUCGUCUUGAAUUAGAGAAUUAUUUGAAAACUUUAACUACACGCUUGGCUAGUGAAUGUCCACCGCAAUUGCGACAUUUUUUACGUCCAAGUAGUAACGCUAAUAAAAAAGCAGAUGUGGUUGCACCUCGAUUUGACAAAUUUUUAGUCAAAACAGUAAGUGGUGUUUUUAAUACUCUAAGAACAGUCGUUCCAGGUUUUGAAAUUGAACAAGAAGAAGAAAAUGUUCCGUUACCAACGUUAAUGUCUUUAGCUGAUAUUCCGUGGAGAUUCGUCGAGAAUAUUAAAUCGAAAAGUCUAGCAGCUGAGCUUCAACAAUUAAUAACUGAAAGAACUGAAUAUUCUUGCGUGGAUUCUGCUUAUGAAGCUGUUGAUUCAAUGGAGAGUGCUAAUGAUUCUGCAUUAUUAACUCAUUGGUGGGAAACUGUAAAAAGUUCUUAUGAAGAGGACCUUGAUGAUUUGGAUUCACAUCUAAUAUUAACAUGUGUUGCUGUCGAUCUUAUUUGUGAAUUAUUGGCAGGAGUUGGAAGUAAUAAUGCCUUGCAGCAAGAGGCAGUUGUUCGAUGGACAAAGCUACUCUUUGGAAAUGUUACUGAAUCUAUAUUACAAACUGUUACUUUACAAAUUUUUGAUCAAUUGGGUAAUAUAUCACUUCAUAACGUCCAAAAUAAACUUUCUGAGGAACCACUGAAACUAUUAAAAGAAAGACUGUUGCAAGAAUUAUUAAUUAAACUUCCAAAUGGUGUAAAAUUAGUAUUUGGCGCAAAUGACACGUUAAAUAUUUUAAAGUAUUUACUUGAUUCUUAUGAAAUAAAGAAGAUUAAUGUAGACUUAAACCUACAAAUAUUAGAUGUUCUAGCAUCACAGCUAUUAAGUACAUGUAGGUCAAAACAUAGUACAACUCUUUAAUAAUUUAAUUUUAUUUUAACUCAAUAACAAAAGGUUGAUUCAAUUCCUUUUCUCAAUUUUAUUUAGCCAUUGAUCAAGAUACAUGUAUUAGAAGUUGCUAAUUACUGAAAUAUGUUUUAGUCGAAAGGAAUUGAUGUGCCAUAUGUAACUAAAUUUGUUAAUUUAAUAAUGUAGAAUUAUA